CGUCAAUGUGUGUUUCUUUUAUUUUGAAACGUCUAACCGGAAAUGGCUUAAUUUUUUAUUUUAGCUUAACACUGGCUGUCGGUAAGUUGUUGCUUACUGUUUUCACUCGUGUGAAAAAUGUUAUCGGCGAUUUGGCGUCGCAGCUGUGGCCGCUAAUUUCACCUCAAAAGCAAAACGCCAGUAUAUUUCAGUGGAGUGGAAAACUUGCGAAUACCUGAAAAGGUUGUGUAAGCCAUGAUCUGAGGUGUCUGCAUUUUCUCUGUGGAAAUAGGCCUGCCCUCCCACAUGCUGCACUCACACACAUCAAUCAUGUCUCAGACUGAUUCCUGUUUGACUGUGUGGGACUGGUUAUGUGUUCUUCGUCUGGAGCAGUAUUCCGAGGCAUUUCGGAGUGAAGGGCUGGCAACGUUAGGACAAUGUCGCAACCUCACACCAGAUCAGCUGGAGCGGAUGGGCAUCACCCUGCCAGGUCACCAGAGACGCAUCCUCGCUAGCCUGAACAAAACACUUGGUAACAGUGACACACAAUCUGACACACACUCUCACCUUCUACAGUCUGAGAGAGAUCAGAGAUUGGAGGAAAUAGGACAUGCCAAGGUGUUGCAGAGAGAGAGACCUGUGCCUAUACCAGUGGAAGAAAAACCUGUCCCUAAGGAAAGGGAGAAAAGAGAUGGAGAGACAUUAAGACCUACACCCAGGGAAAGAGAGAAACCAGUCCCCAGGGAGAGACACAUGGCCAAGAUGAAAGAGGAAAGUGGAGAAGGGGGAGAGAAGAAGCCAGUUCCUGGACAAAGAAAAACAGCAGAUAGGGGAGGAAAAGAGGAAGAGAGGGAUGGAGGAAUAGAUGGAGAGAAGGAGAGGCCUGUGCCUAAAGAAAGAACUAGGUUUCGCUCUAGUGCUCCAGUGGACUGUGACCUCAACUCACUUGUCUCUCCAACUUCAGACACCUCUUUACCCCCUGUCCCUCCACGAAGCACCCCCAACUGCCCUCCACAGCGCUUCACCUCUCCCCUGAGCCCCUCACCUCCUGCUCGAACCCCUGCCUCCCCCAAACUGGACAGACAUGCGGUUAAAGCCCCAGCUGUACAUAGCAGAGCUAUAUCCCAGAGUUCCACCCAUGACCCCACACAUGCACCUCUCCACCCUCCCAACGUCCCCUCUGCCCUAACUCGGCCUCAGACUUUAGCCAUUCAGCUACCUGCCCAACUUUUGGGUAGUGAUGGAGGAAGAAAAAUCUCACCUGUUUCCCCCACAGCUUCCCACAGCGAUGACAUAAAUGUUCCACCUCUCCCUCCAAAAGCAGGGGCAGUACCUAAAGGCCCUCCACCAAUCCCACACCGGUUUCCUGCACAGUCUCCCAUAACAAACAGCCCCUCUCCCACCAAGACGGUCGCUGAUGAGAUGCAGAAAGACCAAACUCCACAGGUCCCACCUCGCAUCAGGACACCCCAAACUCUAGAAGACACACAUCAGUCAACUCAACCUGACGCUCAGCCGGCUCUGCCUGCAAGGAGAGUCACCCAACCUCCCUAUGAGUCCAGGCUGGAUUCACUCGAUUAUGAUUCAGAUGAAUACGAGGAUCCAGACUUGUUUUUCCCCAGCGUUCAUCGAAUGAACGCACCAGACAGGGAUAUGUCCCUGCAAGUGCCCGCCAAGAAAAAGGAACGGUCCACUUCUUUGUACAGUGAUGACGAGCAGUUGGAUGAGGAUGAUCCUAGCCCAUGGCAGGACGGGGGCAUCGACAAUCAGCAAGGAAGUUUCUACCUGCCAAACACUGGCAGACUGGCUCCAGCCCCUAAAGACGACAGCUCUCAGCUUGCCGCUGUCAUCAAGAAGGGCUGGCUGGACAAGAAUCCACCUCAGGGGGCCCUUUAUUAUCAGAGACGAUGGGUAAAGCUGGAUGUCGACUACCUGAGAUACUUUGACAAUGACAAGGAGGUGUAUUCUAAGGGGAUCAUCUCUACUGCCUUCAUCACUAAUGUGACCAGUGUGGGGGAGCUGAAGUUUGAGGUCGUCACAAACAACCGAACAUUUAUCUUCAGGGCUGAAAGUGAAGGCGAGAGAAACGACUGGGUGACUGUACUGAAGGACUGCAGCAGGGGGCGCUAUUGGCGCAGCACCAUGAACCCCAGCUCACCGUUGACUCCGGAUUAUCAGGGCUAUCUGGAGCUCAGAGGGUUACGCUCCAAACUUUAUACUGUUGUCGCCUCAGAUAAAGUCUUCCUCUACAAAACCAUGGAGGACUAUCGUCUAGGAGUGGGUAUCACAUCCAUCGAGAUGAAUGUAGGAAAUGUUAAAGACACAGAUCGCCGUGGCUUUGAUCUCACCACACCUUACCGCAUAUUCAGUUUUAUCGCAGAGUCAGAGCAACUGCGAGAGCAGUGGGUGGACGCCAUGCGGGAAGCGAUAGAUGAGGCGCUGUCAAAUAGCGAGGUGGCAGAGCGGAUCUGGGCAGAGCCUAGCAACAGCUUCUGUGCCGACUGUGAGGCUCCCAAGCCGGAAUGGGCUGCCAUCAACUUGUGUGUGGUGGUCUGCAAACGAUGCGCAGGAGAGCACAGAGGACUGGGUCCAAGCAUCUCAAAGGUUCGCAGUCUGAAGAUGGACAAGAACAUCUGGACAGAGGAGCUCAUACAGGUGUUCCUGUUGCUGGGCAACAAGCAGGUAAACAGUUUUUGGGCAGCUAACGUCCCACCAAGUGAAGCUUUGACAUCCUCUAGCUGCAGCGAAGAGCGACGGCGCUUCAUCACCAACAAAUACCGCCAGGGCAAAUACAGGAAGUACCACCCUCUGUACGGAAACCAAAGAGAGCUCGAUAAUGCUCUUUGUAUAAAUGUGCAGUGCAGUGAUGUGCUGGAGACGUUAAGCCUGAUUUUCUGCGGUGCAGAUGUAAAUUGUCCAACUGGUGUAGCAAGUUGUCCCUCUGCUCUCUCCCUGGCCAACGCACAUUCCCAACCUUUACAGGCUGAGUUAAUUCGCCACAAUCUCAACACAGAGCUACCACGAUCAGAGGUGGGCGGAGGCAUGGAGGCAGUACAUUACUCACCACCACCUUGUGUGUCUUACAAUGGCUUCCUGUUCAAGACUGCAUCCAUGGCUCGGGCCAUCACAGAGCGCAAGGCCAGAGAGGAGUUCAGUCGGCGCUGGUGCACACUGAAUGAUUGCACCUUCAGCUACUAUGAGAGUGACAAGAACUCGAACCCUAACGGAGCUCUGAAGGCUUCAGAGAUAGUCUGUUUGGCUGUCGACGCGCCUGAGAAACACGGGUAUGACAGCACCUUUGAACUCUACUCAGAGUCAGAGCGUCUUUAUCUGUUUGGCACUGAUGACCCAGACAGCCACAAGGAAUGGGUCAAGUCUAUUGCCAAGAGCUUUAUCCCAGCCACUGCAGAGCCACUACUGAGGUUGGCUUUUGAGCGGAUUGGGCGGCUGAAGUGUAAAGACGGCUUGAACCUGCAAACAUCCAAGGUUGGUUGGUUUGCUCUGGUGGGCUCCACACUUCACGCCUACCUGGAGGACAGCAAGGGAGAGGAAAUCCACCUCCGCAAACUAAAUGAACUCUCGAUUCAACAAGACAAUGAGGUGCUGGUUCUGGUGGAGAGAGGCAGAACUCUGUACAUAGAAGGAGAGAGGAAGUUGGAUUUUGCCGGCUGGUGUGGGGCCAUCCAGGCAGCAGCAGGGAGUGGAGGAGACACACUGAGCCAGCAGCAGCUGACAGAGACAGACAUACCUGUCAUAGUACACAGCUGCAUUGGCUACAUCACACAGUGCGGCUUGACCUCUGAGGGGAUAUAUCGUAAGAGCGGUGUGAACUCCCGUGUGGCAGCGUUGUGCGAGAGAUUUCGCCGUGAUGCUCGCAGUCUUUGUCUGAGGGAAGGAGAGCACCAGGUGGACGAUGUCUCCAACACACUCAAACGCUUCUUCAGGGAGUUAGAAAUGGGACUAUUCACGGCAGAAGAUGCCUGCACCUGGCUCACUACUGCUGCCAUUCAGGAUGAAAGCAAGAAAAUCUCCCAGUACCAGCUGUUGUUCAGCAGACUGCCUCGUGUAAACAAAGCUACACUACAAGCCCUAAUCAACCACCUCUAUUGCGUGCAGCGUUUUUCUGAGCUGAACCAGAUGAACCUCCAUAACCUGGCUAUAGUGUUCGGUCCCACACUCUUCCAGACCGACGGGAAGGACUUCUCUGCUGGCCGUGUGAUAGAGGACCUCAUACAGCACUACACACUCAUCUUUGAGGUGGAUGAGCAGCAGCUAAACAAGCAGCUGGAAGAGAUCACUGUUAUCAUCAAAGUGCGAGAGACACUCAACACAAAGUUUCCUAGUACUGAACCUGGGGGGCACUUCAUCUGUACAGUGUACCUGGAGGAAAAGAAGGAAACAGCAGAGCAACAUGUCAAGAUCCCUGGUUCUAUGACAGCAGCAGAGCUGACCUGUGAGGUCCUGGACCGGCGUAACAUCCUGGCUAAAGACAAAGAGUACUGGAGCUGCUGGGAGGUCAGCGACAAGGAGGAAAUGGAACGUCCACUGCACUAUCAGGAGCGAGUCUUACCCAUCCUUCACUCCUUUGGCACCGACUCCCAUCUGCUCAUCAAGAAACACCCUGCUAUGGAGAUGAUGAUGGUCUACCUGGCUAGUAAAGUGGAUGCAUCCAAACACGGAAUAAUGAAAUUCAGAGAAGAGCGAAGCAUCUUGGGAUUGGGACUGUCUUCUGGAAGUUUCCACGACCGAUAUUUUAUCCUCAAUUCCAGCUCUCUCAGAAUGUACAAGGAAGUCAGAAGUAACCGUCCAGAACGUGAUUGGUCAGUGAAAAACCUAAAGGUCUACCUGGGUAUUAAGAAGAAAUUCCGUCCUCCUACAUGUUGGGGACUGACAGUUGUGCAUGAGAGUAAGAAACAAGAGAAGCCAGAGAGACAGCAGUGGUAUCUCUGCUGUGACAUCCAGUCAGAAAUGAGGGAGUGGUAUGCUACUUUUCUAAGUAUCCAGUAUGAUGGCAAUGUGUGGCCUCAGAACGGACUCCAGCAGACACGAGUAAGCCGCGUGUUGCCGGAUACGCGUCAUGGUAAUGUGUCACUGAUACCGUUGCGUGGCAGUGAGAAUGAGAUGCGGAACAGCGUGGCAGCUUUCAGCCAAGACCCGCUUGCUCUCUUUAGAGAUGUUCGAUAAUAGUCGCUGCAAGCAAGGGCAAACAGUCUGACAUCUCAGAUGACCUCUAAACAUUCCAGUGACGACAUCAUUCUGCGACAGGAAAGGCCAGGAUGGCGAACACUCGUACUGUAUGUGGAUUAUGGCCUUCAACUGCCAUCUGCUCCUUUUGAAAAUGACCUGGACCAGAAAAUAAACAGACAAACAGGAUUACAUGUCAAAUAUAACCUACACUGGUCUCCCUGUCCAAACCAGUUUUACUUGACUUGAUGUACAGUAGAAGCAGCUGGGAGCGGUGGCAUUUAAAAUCAAAGAGUGACAGUUUGAUGGACUACGCUCAUAUCACUCGUCUGCGCCCAACAUUCCACUAUUUCCAGUGGUCAGUGUCAUGUGACUGAAUGGCUGCAUUGUUUAUGGGUCGUAAGCAUGAAAGACAUUCUGAGAGAAGUCUUUAUUUCUUUAAUGUGUUUCAGAAAAGACUUUGUCGGGUUAUUCUAGGCACUAGCAUUGAGUGCUUAACAAUUAAAUAUAAGAUUGAAGUUUAUUGACUUGUGAUGUUUUCAGCUCUCUUGCUGUACUAUUGCUCAAACAAUUGUGGGGAUAAUCCUGAGAGUUUGUUCCACAAGGGCCAAGACCGGGACUGAGAGGAAAAGCUGAGAAAUGGCAGGUGAUGGAUCCAUGUCUGUUACUCCGCAGGACAUUUGCCUGCACUCCUUGGUCAGAGUUGCAUAUAUGCACAAGUGUGCAUAGAGUAUGUGUGAAUAUGUGUACAGUAAGUGUGUUUGUGAGUGGGGAAGUUUUAACAUAAGACAUUGUGUCUUUUGGGAAAUGAAGGAACAAGAGGUAUGAGCUGAAGUCACAGUUUGGCUUUUGCCAAACACUGUUGGAAAAUGUGGUUAAAUAAGAGAAGCACUUCAUUCACUAUUUUCCCCUGUUCUGAAUCGCAUUAUAAACCAUAUUCAAAACAAUGUA